CACUAUACGCGAUUUGGUCAUGGCGUCGUUGCUUCUCUUCUGCCUUGAUCUCUGGGAAAGGAGGCCCUAAAAACCUAUAUAAAGAUGAUCACGAUCGAUGCAGAGACAUAGAGCUAAUUAAUCAUCCAUCCAAUCAAUUUUCUUCCUUCAAACUCUUGAAGCAGCUGCUCUUUUGCAAGAUGAAGAAGACUACUCUCACAGUCAUGUCUGUGCUGUUCACUUCUCUCAUAUUGUUCACAUUUCCAGCUCACUCUUCUUCUUCAAUUCCAAGUAUUAUCGACAGCGGCAACAUAGUUGAGCAAACUUGCAGACAAACGCCUUACUACGAUCUCUGUGUAUCGACUCUCCGAUCAAACCCACGAAGCCACAAUGCAAACAUUGAAGAACUCGCACAGAUCAUGGUGGACGAACUCGAUUCCACAGCCACCAACACACUCCGUCAUAUCCGACAACUUCUUCAGAGUGGUAUGGACCAGAGCACGCAAGAGGCACUGCGUUCUUGUGCAGAGAGGUACAGGGUUAUUGUGAGAGGAGAUGUUCCUGAAGCCAUUGAAGCUAUUUCCAAAGGUGACUAUAAGUAUGCAGAGCAAGGCACAUUCGAUGCUGCUACUGAGGCCAGGUCCUGCGAGAGAGGAUUUUCUAGAGGAAGGUCUCCAUUGUCGAACCAGAACAGGCAGGUCCAUGAUACCUCCCUUGUCGCUGCAGCUAUUGUCAAGGCCAUGGCUCGCGGUGGUUAAUCUCUCUCGCUCUUUGUUUCAUGACGGACGUCGUGCGGGAUUUUGUUUUGUUUCUAAAUAAUUUAGUUCCGCUGUUAUUGGUCAAUUUGAUUGAUUCAUCAGCUUUUGAAUUGUAGUCUCGAGUUUCUGUUGUUUUUUUUUCCUGAUUAAAUAAUCAAUUGAUUGAAAAUUUUCAGCAAGCAUUCCUUCAUUCAGAUUCUCAAUCUGGAACUUUCGUCAUU